AUGGGCAACCACAACAUCGAGCUUAUCGCCCCGAUGCAGUCGUUCCAGUAUGGAGAGCAGUCCUUUGCGCUGCCAGUUGAGGCCACCGGCCACGUCGGUGACGAUCUCGGCGUCGGGGUAGAGUUCCCGCAUCUGAGCGACUUGCCUGCCGAGGUCCCCACGCUGCUUGGCGGAACUGACCCGGCAGUAGCACACGACAGUGGGCCAGGAUGCUCCGCGGAGGUAGGCAUCGACGUCGUAGAGCCGCUGACCAGCGGAGUUCCGAUAGUGGGGGAUUUUGCCUUGGUCGGCAUACCUUCUCAGCGUCUGGGGGUGCAGGCCCAACAUCGCAGCGGCUUUACGGCUUGCAACGUACACCAUGACAGAAACAUACAUCAUUAUACAACAAUGCUCAAUGAAUCAUUGCCUAGACACCAUCCGUUCUAG